GGCCGGUUUAAACCCGACACACAUUUCGCCACAAAAACAGAUAAAAUAGAGAAAAAUAAAGUGAAAAGAAAAAGGAAGGGAGAAGAAAAAAAUUAAGAAGAAGAAGGUCGCGUUCUUCUCUUUGGAGGUAGUCUCUCUCCCCGAGACCAUUUCCUCUUCUUGUUGUUCAUGGAGCAUCAGAGGCGCCAAGAUCAGAGCCUCCCGGAGAGGAAGGGUCAAAAGCGGAAACUCGAGGAGCAAAUCGAGGAAGAGCGAGAGAUCUCCGUGCCAUCGGGGGACGCCAGGAAAGCCCUACUCUCCGAGGUUGGUGCUCAGGUUGAUAUCCUUAAUUCAACCUUCUCUUGGAAGGAAUCUGAUCGCGCUGCGGCCAAGCGCGCCACUCAUAUCCUCGCCGAGCUCGCGAAGAAUGAGGAAGUUGUGAACGUGAUUGUUGAAGGAGGGGCGGUUCCGGCUUUGGUUGAGCAUCUUCAAGCGCCGCCUUCGAGUGAAGGUGACCGGAGUCCAAAGCCUUAUGAGCACGAGGUCGAGAAGGGAAGCGCUUUUGCACUAGGCCUUCUUGCUGUGAAGCCAGAGCAUCAACAACUCAUAGUUGAUUCUGGUGCAUUGUCACAUCUAGUGGAUCUGUUAAGGAGGCACAAGGGUGGUUCUAUCUCUCGUGCUGUGAAUAGUGUUAUUCGUAGAUCUGCUGAUGCCAUCACCAACCUGGCUCAUGAGAAUAGCAGCAUUAAAACACGUGUCAGGAGGGAAGGUGGUAUUCCACCUCUUGUUGAAUUGCUUGAGUUCACCGAUACCAAGGUGCAAAGAGCUGCUGCGGGAGCACUUAGAACCCUGGCAUUUAAAAAUGACGAAAAUAAGAAUCAGAUAGUUGAAUGCAAUGCACUUCCUACCCUCAUUCUAAUGCUUAGAUCUGAAGAUACUGCUAUACAUUAUGAAGCGGUUGGUGUGAUCGGAAAUCUGGUGCACUCAUCCCCAAACAUAAAGAAAGAAGUUCUUCUUGCUGGAGCAUUGCAACCUGUUAUUGGACUACUUAGUUCCUGCUGUUCUGAGAGUCAAAGGGAGGCGGCUUUAUUACUUGGACAAUUUGCUGCAACGGAUUCUGAUUGCAAGGUUCAUAUUGUACAGAGGGGUGCUGUCCAACCUUUGAUUGAGAUGCUACAGUCUCCUGAUGUACAGCUAAGGGAAAUGUCAGCUUUUGCACUAGGGAGGUUGGCACAGGACAUGCACAACCAAGCCGGUAUUGCUCACAAUGGUGGUUUGGUGCCAUUACUGAAGCUUCUUGAUUCCAAAAAUGGGUCUUUGCAGCAUAAUGCUGCAUUUGCUCUUUAUGGCCUUGCAGAUAAUGAGGAUAAUGUAUCAGAUUUUAUUAGGGUGGGAGGUGUUCAGAAGCUGCAGGAUGGAGAGUUUAUAGUCCAAGCAACAAAAGAUUGUGUAGCCAAGACAUUGAAAAGAUUAGAGGAGAAGAUUCAUGGACGGGUUUUGAACCACCUUUUAUAUCUAAUGCGUGUAGCGGAGAAGGCUGUCCAAAGACGAGUCGCUUUGGCUCUUGCUCAUCUUUGUUCCCUAGAUGAUCAGAGGACCAUAUUUAUUGAUAAAAAUGGGUUGGAGUUGCUUCUUGGGCUUCUUGGGUCUUCUAGCCUUAAGCAGCAACUUGAUGGUGCAGUGGCUUUAUUCAAGUUGGCCAACAAAGCGAUGGCUCUUUCUCCUGUGGAUGCAGCUCCCCCAUCUCCGACACCACAGGUCUAUUUAGGGGAGCAGUAUGUAGACAAUCCGACAUUGUCUGACGUUACAUUUCUAGUUGAAGGUAGACGGUUCUAUGCUCACAGAAUCUGCCUACUUGCUUCUUCAGAUGCAUUCCGUGCAAUGUUUGAUGGUGGUUACCGGGAAAAGGAUGCGAGGGACAUUGAGAUUCCAAAUAUUAGAUGGGAAGUUUUCCAGUUGAUGAUGAGAUUCAUAUACACUGGAUCUGUAGAAGUUACAUUGGAUAUUGCACAAGAUCUCCUCAGAGCUGCUGAUCAGUAUCUCUUGGAGGGCCUUAAGCGACUUUGUGAGUAUACAAUAGCACAGGAUAUAUCAUUGGAUAAUGUGUCAAACAUGUAUGAGCUCUCAGAAGCAUUCCAUGCGAUGUCCUUGAGGCACACAUGCAUCCUGUUUAUCUUGGAGCAAUUCGAUAAACUGAGUGCAAGGCCAGGGCACUCUCAUCUGAUUCAGCGUAUUAUACCAGAGAUUCGUGAUUACUUUGCUAAAGCACUUACUAAGCCUAAUGCACAUAACCUGCGGCUGUAGAUUGCAGCCCUUCUAUUCUUGAUGAUCUCUAACCAAAUACGAUGUACAGAAAUGGUAGUUGUUGCUGUUGAGCCAGUAGAAGUUCCUAAUUGGUUGAUUGUAGCUCGUAAACUUUCUGAGGCCAGAUCCUGUUGCUUGUGAGCACGCUAAGUUUCUUCUGUAACGCCAUAGGCUUAGAUAUUGCUGAGACAGCUACGUUCAUGAACAUUGUUGUUCCUUAUUUUUAUGCACCGACCGAGUCUGUGAUGGUGAUUGGACUUAAAACAUGUUGUCUCUCAGUGUAGGGAAUUUGGCAUUCCCUGAAAGAUGCAUCUCUUCUGCAAUAAUAAUAGGCUGCUAGAGUCCUCUUUGAAGUGUAUGGCUAUAGUAUCGUCAUUGAUUUCUUCUGUAAAUAUCCAUAAUAUUGUUUCGAGAAAGUUAUCUAUUAAAGCCAGGCCGGCGAAGUUACUUGUUGAUUCA